UCGACCAUCUCAACGGGGGAAGGUAGGGAAAGAAAACAGACGCCAAGACCUGGCGUUUCUUUUAAAAAGCGGAUUAUCUCGGAUGUGCUUCAUCUGCUGGCUGCCAGCAGGCUAGCCUAUCGACGAGGAGGCGCACGCGCCCCCUACUCAGGAAAAUUGGCUUUAUCCCGGACACUCCAGACAUCGCCAAUAUGAUGCCGAUGUUCCUGACCGUGUACCUGAGUAACAAUGACCAGCACUACACGGAGGUCCCCCUCACGCCGGACACCCUCUGCAGGGAUAUCAUAGACCUCUGCAAAGAACCAGGAGAGACGCAAUGCUACCUGGCCGAGAUGUGGAGAGGCGCCGAGCGAGGGAUAAGUGAUGGUGAGAGUAUCAUGGACAUCCUCCAGCGAUGGGGCCAACAGAGAGGAGAGGUGCGAUUCUACCUCCGACACAACGGAGGACAGCGAGCGCCUGAGGUUCCCCCGAAGAGAGGCAGCUUGAAGACCAACACAGAGCGACGCAUGGAGAACGGGCUGGCUCCACCCACCAUGAACGCCACGCUGGCGGAACUGCAGGAGAUGGCGUCACGGCAACAACAGCAGAUCAACGCACAGCAACAACUCCUGGCCUCCAAGGAGCAGCGGUUGCGUUAUCUGAAACAGCAGCAGCAGCAGCAGCAGCAUCAGGUGAGCGACGAGGAGACUGAACAGGACAAACUGCGGCUGCUGAGAGAGAACGCAGAGAACCAGGAGUCCAAGCUGAGGCGCGUUCGUGCCCUACGCGGCCAAGUGGAACAGAAACGCAUCACCAACAGCAAGCUAGUGGAGGAGAUAGAGCAGAUGAGGGGGCUGUUCCACCAGAAGCAGCGGGAGCUCCUAUUGGCCGCCUCCAGGGUGGACGAGCUCAGCAGCCAAUUGGAGGCCAUCAGGAAGGGCGGCACGGACCCUCAAGGUCAAGGUCAAGGUCAAGGGUCGCACGCGGCCGUCGCCGCCGACCUGGAGAGACUCUACAAGGAGCUGCAGCUGCGUAACCGUCUGAACCAGGAGCAGAGUGCGCGUCUCGGCCACCAGAGGGAACUGUUGAGUAAGCGCAGCUCAGAGGUGUCUGCCAUGGACAAGAGAAUCAGCGAACUGAGGCAGAGGCUGGGCAAGAAGAAAGCAGCCCUGCACCACAAAGAGAACUUACCGCCCCCUGCAGAGGGCCUCCAGCCAUCCCAGCAUCCUCUGGGCUCACGAGUGGCCGCUGUGGAACCCUACAUUCAGCAGACGGCCAUGCCCAGUCCACCUCCAGUUCCGCCCAGACAGGAAGUCCUCAACAAGCCCCGCCCCCCUCACAGCACCGCCACCCUUCCCCUGCCCAACGGACCAAUCAAGAGCCAGCACAGGCCCCCAGCUAAGCCUCACACUGUGAAAGCAAAGCUCUCAGAUGGUUCUAGUGAGUCCAGCGGUCACCAUGGAUACCCCAGCGAUCACCGCGGGUAUUCCUCCACUCUACCCCGCAUGGCCAGCCAUCCUCCACUAGACACUGCCGACUCGGAUGCUGAUCUGAAGCCUCCUCCUCUGCCUUUGCGAAGAAACCAGAGCAGCGAGGACCUCCUCAGGGACAAGCAGAGUGGCAAACCUCUCCCCAGGGCCCCGCCUCCCAUCCCCAGCAAACCCAAGGCCCCUCCCCCUGCCCCGCCCACCUCCACUUCCUCUUCCUCCUUCUCCAGGUUUGCCACUGGCACCUUCCCCGGCAGGGCCCGCCCACUUGUCGUGUCCCACCAAUCGGAAGGCGGCGGGGCGACAGGAGGACGCCACACCUUGCGAGCCAAUGCGGACCCCGCGCCGCCCACUCUGACUCCUGCAGCGACCGUGCAUCCGUUCACCCACGACGUAGACGGGCCCCUGGCAACAGUUAUGAAGGAGGCCAGGGACUCCAGUGUCGGGAGUGGUGGUGGGCUCACAGGGGUCACUUCAGGGAAUACUCCACCCCUCUCACGUCCGCAGACAGUGGCCGCCAGCUCCAUCUAUUCCAUGUACACCCAGCACAGCGGCACCCUGCCCAGGUCCCACCCCAGAGUGUACGGUAAGCCAGUCCUCCCAUCCUCCGGAGGGCAGCACUCCAACUCCAACCCCAACAGCAGCAGCAGCAGCACUGCCGGCCCUCCCGAGCCGCCUCACACAUCAUCAGCAACCAACGGUUCAUCAUCCUCCUCAUCAUCAUCAUCAUCAUCAAGCGAUGCCCCCGGCCCAGUCACCAUGGAGACAGAACGCUCGCCCCGCCCCCUGAGCCCCACCAAACUCCUCCCCUUUCUGUCCUGUCUGCAGGGCUUUCGCGGCCAGAGCGAUGGAGACCUGGAGUCGCUGCGUAGGCGUCUGCAGCAUGCUCCGCGGCCCCUGAAGAAGCGCAGCUCCAUCACGGAGCCCGAGGGCCCCGCCGGCCCCAACAUACACAUACACAAGCUGCUCUACCAGAGGGCCACGCUGGCCGCCAUGGAAACCAGUAGCCACGGCAACGAGGCAGCCAGCAUCAGGACCGGUGGUGUAGUUACCAGUGGUGGUGGUGGCGUUGGUGUCAACAGCAUCAUCAGUAGCGGUUCCGGUGGCGUUGGUGUCAACAGCGUCAUCAGCACCAGUGUUGGCAGUGGCGGCAGCAGCAUCAUCAGCGCUCCGGCUGCCAUGGAGACCAAUUGCCAUGGCAACAGUGGCAACAUCAGCACCGGUGGUGGCGGCAGCAGCAAUGGCACCUUCUUCCAGCCUCCUCUUCUACCUCCUCCUCUUCAUCAAGACAGCCAUGGGACGCAUACAGAUGAGGUGGUCGUUGGCAUGGCGCCGAACACGAUGCGGGAUGUGAUGAUGGAUCACACUACAGGAGACCGCAGCAUCGUCAUGGAGAGCCCCUGCACCAUCAUCCCCGAAAACACAGAGGAGGAGGAGGAGUACCAGUUGGAGGACCAGACACCCCCACCUCUGCCCCCGCGCUCCCCCAUCGUCCAGCACCCCUCGCUGGGCCGCCUGCCUCCGCCUCGACCCCCUACUGCUCUGUUGAGGCCAGAGACAGAGACAGAGACGGAGACAGAGGGGGAAGAUGAGGGGGACAGGGACAGGGGGGCUGCCUCAGAGCUCCACCCGAGGUUUGGGUCCCGGUUUGGGGCAGGGUGUGGGCCGGGACCUGGGUCUGGGUCUGGGUCUGGCCUGCUGGAGGGCUACAUGGGGGAGUACCCGCCGUACCCCCCGCCCCCAUACCCCGUAUCCCAGGCGACUGUAUCCCAGGAUACGGCAGAGCUCCAGGGCCCGGAGAUGGGGGGAGGCGAUGGGAUUGACGCGGCGGAGCAGCACGCUGUCCCAGAGGUCACCAUGGAAACUACAUUGCCACCAGGCAAGAGGACUAACCUGCGUAAGGUCGGUUCAGAGCGCAUCAGCCACGGCAUGCGCGUGCGCUUCAACCCGCUGUCCCUUCUCCUCGACGCUUCACUGGAAGGAGAAUACGACCUGGUCCAGAGGAUCAUCUAUGAGGUAGAGGACCCCAGCCUACCUAAUGAUGAGGGCAUCACUGCGCUCCACAACGCGGUGUGCGCCGGGCACACGGACAUUGUCAACUUCCUUGUGCAGUUUGGGGUCAACGUUAACGCAGCCGACAGCGAUGGAUGGACCCCUCUGCACUGUGCUGCUUCCUGCAAUAAUGUCCAGAUGUGCAAGUUCCUAGUGGAAUGUGGGGCGGCUGUGUUCGCCGUGACAACCAGCGACAUGCAGACGCCCGCCGACAAGUGUGAAGAGAUGGAGGAGGGAUACGCACAGUGCUCACAGUUCCUCUACGGCGUCCAGGAGAAGAUGGGUGUCAUGAACAGAGGCCUGGUGUAUGGGCUGUGGGACUACGAUGCGGAGGCGCCGGACGAGCUCUCCUUCAGGGAGGGAGACGCACUGAGAGUCCUCCAGAGGAGCCAGGAGCAGGGGCAGGAGCAGGAGGAGGAGGAGGAGCAGCAGCAGGAGGAGGAGCACUGGUGGUGGGCUCAAUGUGGAGACCAGGAGGGCUACAUACCACGCAACCUGCUGGGGCUGUACCUGAGGAUCAAGCCCAGACAGAGAAGCCUGGCUUAACCGCCUACACACACACACAC